CUCCUGCUAGAUCCUCCGCGCCCUGGCUCUUGCGGUUCUGAUUGGAGAUUACUGCAUGGGGCUGGCAUCCCACCGCUUGACCUCGGUUCUGGCAACAAUAAAGUAGAAGCUGCCGGUCGGGCCCCGCGGAAAUGGGCGAGCAUAAUCUCCUGAAUCCCGGGUUUGUGGGGCCGCUGGUGAACAUCCACACGGGAGACACCUUCUACUUCCCCAACUUCCGCGCGUCUGGCGCGCAGCUGCCUGGGCUGCCUUCGCUGUCCUACCCGCGCCGCGACAACGUGUGCUCGCUGCCCUGGCCGUCGGCGGAGCCCUGCAAUGGCUACCCGCAGCCCUAUCUCGGCAGCCCAGUGUCUCUCAACCCGCCCUUUGGCCGCACGUGCGAACUGGCGCGCGUGGAGGACAGCAAGGGUUACUAUCGCGAGCCGUGCGCCGAGGGCGGCGGGGGCCUGAAGCGUGAGGAGCGCGGACGAGACCCGGGCCCAGGAGUCGGGCCCGGGGCAGCGCUGCUGCCGCUGGAGCCGUCGGGGCCGCCGGCUCUCGGUUUCAAGUACGACUACGCGGCAGGCGGCGGCGGUGGCGACGGUGGCGCGGGACCCCCGCACGACCCGCCCUCGUGCCAGUCUCUGGAAUCCGACUCCAGUUCGUCCCUGCUCAACGAGGGCAACAAGGGCGCCGGUGCGGGAGACCCCGGCAGCUUGGUAUCGCCUUUAAACCCUGGUGGCGGGCUCUCGGCUAGCGGCGCGCCCUGGUACCCGAUCCACAGCCGCUCACGGAAGAAGCGCAAGCCCUAUUCGAAGUUGCAGCUGGCGGAGCUGGAGGGCGAGUUUCUGGUGAACGAGUUCAUCACACGGCAGCGCCGGAGGGAACUCUCAGACCGUUUGAAUCUUAGUGACCAGCAGGUCAAGAUCUGGUUUCAGAACAGGAGAAUGAAAAAGAAAAGACUUUUGUUGAGGGAGCAAGCUCUCUCCUUCUUUUAGGGGGCAAGAAACGGGCGCCAGCCCCAGACUGAGCCUGUCUCUGGCAGAGAGCAAGAGGGGGCGCUGCCUGGGACACAGUCCCCGCUUAGAACGCCAGGCAUCUCUGGCAGGCCCUCCCUGGACAUCCUCUUGUCUAUUUUGUUUGUGGUUCCCUCCCACACACCCCCAGCUAGCACUGCCAGGUUCCAGAGAGAAGGGUAGAACCCAGCCAGGGAGAGAGGAAACCCAGAGCUGCAGGCAGUGGGUAGGGGCAGGGAAGGCUGAAGGGCUGGGAAGGGCUGGUUUGAGGCAGACCCUGGGUCUCUGGCUGAGGUUCCAGAGGUGAAGUGACCCAGGCACCCCCUCCCACCACUUUCCUUCUGUGGUCUUAAGUCUGUUUGCCUGAAGGGAAUAGUCGUGGGUGGGGGCAGUGGAACCAAGACUCCCCAAACUCGCAGUUGUUGGGGUUAGGAGAGUCUAAGAGGAUGGAAUGAGAGUGAAGGCCUGGCCAGAGGGAUUGGAGGUGGUCAGGGUAGUUCGGGGAGGGCAGGAGGAAGUGGGGCAACCUAGAAGGAAGUGUGGUUUGGGAGAACAGAAUGAUCAGCAAUGCCCAGAGUCCGUUGGGGUCUGGAUCCUCCAGGCCUGGACCAGAGCAGGCGGAGGCACAGGCGUUUGGCAGCCCCAGCUGCAGACAAGAUGAUCAUCAGCCUUAUGUUCCCCCUAGGGUAGGCUACCAGAAAGGUCUCCUGAUCCACAGCCCUCUCCCGAGCACCCUGUCAGCCCAUUCGCUCACAGGUGUGCUGCCAUCCACUCUUCCUGCUGCCUACGCGGCUGCGGACCGGAAACCGCGAGAGAGCGGGGGAAUUGAGAGCUGAGCGGACGCAACCUCAGGUUCAGUAGCCCUCCGGGGAGCUCCACCUGGCCCUCCGGAAGCCCAAGAGGCUGUGAAAGGGACUGUAAAGCGCGGCAUUGAUUGGCCCGGAGAGUUUCUGGCAGCCUCGGCUGCCGCCGCUGAUUCUCCCUUCCCCGCUGGCGUUCACGGUCACGGCCGGCCGGAGGCUGGACCAGCAUAAUUUACGAGUCGGGAAGAGAAUCCGCCCCUAAAGGGGCUACCGGCCGAGAAGGCCCCCGCUCAGCCCGGGUUUCCCAGGCUGUUGACAAUGAAGGAGGGGGGCACUGUAGCUCCCCACCCAACUCCUUUCUCUCUUUUACCUACCCCCACUCCACCCGCCCCCCAACACUGCCCUUUGUCUCAGGAUCCUCUGCCUCCGCCUCCCCUGCCGGCCUGUCGCUGAGCACAAGGACCAGAGCAGAGGGAGGGGCACAUCCCAGGACCUGUUGGAGGCCAGAGCAUGGUUUCUCCAGUCUUUUUAUUCAUUGCCCCCCCUUAAGGCCCCAGCCCAGUAGACCUUAGGCUGGCUUAGAGCAGAGAAGCUUCGUGAAAGAGCCUGCUAGCCUGCCCUCCUGCACUCUGGGUUUUUAUCCCUCUUGGUGAGAGUCCCUCAACCUCCCUUCUGCUGACCCAUCCUUGCCAGGAGCAAGAGAGCUACAAGCAGGGGACUGAUGGGAGGGAAGCCCAGCCUGAAGAGUGUAAAAUUGGCCCACUAGCUUGGAGUUCUUCCCACCUGGGGAGAGUCUCCCCUAACAUAUCCUGUAAGGGCAAUCCAGAGCCCCCACCCCACCACCACCCUGCUCUCCCACCAGCACACAGCUUCAAGUUCUUGUGCAGGGUUGCACAGUGGCACCAGCAAAUGCAUAGGCAUGGCUGGGCCCAUUCUGCUCUCCUGACUGAACUUGCAAGCAGGCAGCCUCGUAUCCCCAGAUCCAGCCCUCCAGAGUGGCUGUACAAUCACAUGCCCGCCCCCCACUGGGCACCUGACACACUUCCCCACCCACACAAACUUGUUUUACCUAUGCACAAGUUUGCAGAAAUCACCACCUUUCCAGUCUGAGCACUCCCUGCUGGUCCUGGGUAUAAGGCACUCUCCCUUUUGCCUGGUCACCCAUGAAUCCCUUCAUGCAGCCCCUCCUGUGACCUCAUGGACUCUGGGAUGCUGGAUUCAAGCUCCACCACUCCAGCCUGACUCUUGCAGCCUCAUAGAGAAGAGAGAUCAGAACACUCCAAAAGGGGUGGGGGGACAAAGAUAUGCAAUAUUGUUUUCCUGUCGCUUUAAAAUUGACUUCUGUGAGCUUCUCUGUCAGUCUGUGUCCUGUUCUGUGUGUCUGUUGCUAGUACCUAGUGUAGUCCCUGUGGGUAGAUGUGCUCCCCUUCCUCCCUCCCCACCUCUCUGUAGUGUGCCCUCCUAUUCAAAUGUCUGUCUUUAGCACGUUUUCCCUUUAUAUAGUCCUUGUACAGAGUUGCUUCAUCAUAUUAAUAUUAAUAAUAAUUAUUAAAACAUGA